AUGUCGGGGUCUCUUCGGGCACUACAUCCCCCGAGUAUCACUCUCCCAACAGCUAUUCCGAAUGAUACCCAGACUACACCCGCCAUCGGAAAAGCCCCAACUGGCGGUCCACCACCUAAAGCUCUGACUACGGAAACUCUGUACACAACUCAAGUUUCAACUGUCUACCAAUGUGCAUCUACGGUGAAGAACUGUCCUUAUUCAGAAAAGACUCCUUCGGCAGUAACCCAAGUGGUAGCGACCGCCACCACUGUUUACCCUGUCACCACCUUCAUCGCAGGUGAAACCUCCAGUGGUGCUUCACCAGCGGAGAGCCUUACCACUGAGACUCUGUAUACAACUGAGAUUUCAACAGUCUACAAAUGUGCUUCUACGGUGAAGAAUUGCCCUUAUGCCGACAAGACCCCCUCCGCAGUGACCCAGGUGAUUGCCACCGGAACCACUGUUUACCCUGUUACCACUUCCAUCGCAGGGAAAAACCCCGGUGGAGCUGCACUAGCAGAGAGUCUUACCACUGAAACUCUGUAUACAUCUGAAUAUUCUACGAUCUACAAGUGUGCAUCUACGGUCAAGGAUUGUCCUUAUGACGAAAAGACCCCCUCGAUAAUCGCCCAAAUAAGCGCUACUGGAACGACUGUUUACCCUGUCACCACUUCUAUUGCAAAGGCGGCCCCCAGUGACGCCGCACCAGCGGAUAAUAUUUUCACUGAAACACUGUAUAGAACCGAGUUCUCGACAGUUUACAAAUGUGCCUCUUCGGUAAAGGAUUGUCCUUAUGCCGAAAAGACCCCCUCGACAAUCACCCAAAUGAUUCCCACUGGAACCAACUUUUACUCUAUCACCACCUCCACCGGCUCCACUAUUCGAGCUCACACCAUUACUGCUUGUCCAUACGAUGCCGAUGAAUGUUCUUCGUCUGAAGAGACCACCUACGUGACUUCUAAAUCUGAAGAGACCUAUACUGUGAUUCUGGUAUCAGCAGAGACGCCUGUCCCACAUACCACUGCUACCAAUGUUGAACCGAACGAUAGUGCAGAAGUCACUCCAACUGUCUAUGUAACAGACAUUGUGACGGUCCUGGCUUGCCCUGCCCCCAGUACUCUGACGGAGUAA